AUGGAACAGGUAAGACAAACAAAUCUCACUUUUGUACUUAUGUAUGUUAUAGCACUCUUUAUGUUCUUCACAUUUAAAUCAACCAAUGGUAUUGAGGAAACUUUAAAUAUUGUGAGUUUUGGGGCCAAUCCAAACGGUGAAUCUGAUUCCAAAAAUGCAAUCCUUACUGCAUGGACUAGUGCAUGUAGCUCAACAACACCAACUACUAUUUACGUGCCAAUAGGAAGGUUCUUAGUUGGGGGUAGUGUAGUGUUUAAGGGGAGGUGCAAUAACAAGGGCAUCACAGUACGUAUUGAUGGUACACUAGUUGCAACAUCCAACUAUGGUGUAAUUGGAAAUGAGGGGAGUUGGUUGCUUUUUGAUGAUGUUGAUGGAGUUUCAAUUAUUGGUGGCAUCCUUGAUGGUCAAGGCACAAGUUUGUGGGAUUGUAAAAGAUCCAGCAAGAGUUGCCCAACUGGUGCUACGAACUUAAGAUUUUCCAAUUCCAACAACAUUGUUAUGAAUGGUGUAACAUCCUUGAAUAGCCAAAUGUUCCACAUAGUGAUAGACAGAUGCAAUAAUGUGAAAGUACAAGGGGUUAAGGUAACAGCAGCAGGAAAUAGUCCCAACACUGAUGGUAUUCAUGUUCAACUCUCAUCAAGUGUCACCAUCCUCAACUCCAACAUAGAAACCGGCGAUGAUUGCAUCUCGAUUGGGUCUGGAACAACAAAUUUGUGGAUAGAAAGCAUAGCAUGUGGACCAGGUCAUGGCAUAAGUAUUGGAAGUUUGGCGAAGGAAUUUCAAGAGCUUGGUGUUGAAAACGUGACAGUUAAAACAAUAAAAUUUAUUGGAACAGAAAAUGGUGUAAGAAUCAAGUCUUGGGGGAGACCUAGCAAUGGCUUCGCAAGAAACAUCAUUUUUCAACAUGCUACCAUGGUUAAUGUUCAAAAUCCUAUUGUGAUUGACCAAAAUUAUUGCCCUAAUCAAAAGGAUUGUCCCGGUCAGGCUUCUGGGGUUAAAAUUAGUAACAUUAUAUACCAAGAUAUUCAUGGAACUUCAGCAACAAAGGUUGCACUUAAAUUGAAUUGUAGUCCAACAAAUCCAUGCACUGGAAUAAGCUUGGAAGAUGUGAUGCUUACAUACGAAAACAAAAAUGCUGAAGCGUUAUGCAAUCAUGCUGGAGGAGUCACAUAUGGUGUAGUUCAACCCAACAAUUGUUUCUAA